AUGAGGCCAAACAGAUCCCGCUUCGAAAUUUUCUAUCGCAUCGAACAGCAAUGCCUGAGCGGAAAGAGUGCGAUCUCGCAUGAAUUUGUGCCGCUGCCGCGAGCGGCAGCGGCAGCGGCAGAGGAGGUGGGCGUGGAAGAGUUCCUUCAGAUCAUAGCGCUGGUCCACUACACCAUCACGACGCCCAACGGCGAGGCUCCUACCCAGACCGGCAGACGACACCAGGACAUGGAACAAGAUGCGAUCAGCACGACCAGAGGGAGGGAGGAGGAGGAGAAGGAGAAGGAGGAGAAGGAGGAGGGAAAAGCGGUGCUCCAAUUUGCACUAUCUGUUAUAUGGCCGGUCCGACAGAAAGAACGUAACAACACAGGAACAAGACCCAUCAAGCCCCAGCCACACGCACCAUGCGUGAUCAAUGACCGCUGCGCAUAG